AUGGGUAUUGCACAGCACUGGUGGGCAGUGAGGAGGCAGGACAUAAGCAUGGCUUCCAUGCCUUCUCCUCUCCCUAAACCCAAUGCCGUUGCUGAAAUCAGUUUAAAGCAAUGCUCACACGAUGGAGUGAAAGCAGGGGCAAAGGCAGCUGCCAUUGCGUUUAUCGCAUCUGCAAUCCCUGUGAUGAUAGGAGCGCGGGCCAUUCCUUGGGCAAGAUCGAAUCUCAACUAUGCAGCUCAGGCUCAUAUCAUCUCUUUAGUCACUGGAGCAGCUUAUUUCGUUGUGGCAGACAAGACCAUUUUGGCCUCUGCCCGGAAAAACUCUUUUGAAAAACUUGCAGGUCGCGUUGAAUCUCCCCUGUGA